GAAUGCAAAGGCUUCUCUUUCUUAUAUGGCGACCAUAUUUGAACUUAUUGAAAAGAAGACCUCUUAUUGCUCAAGCAAUGUCUACAGGUGUAUUAAUGGCUGGUGGUGACGCCCUCUCGCAAAAGCUUGUUGAAAGGGAACCAUCGUUCAGCUUAAACCGGAACAAGAAUUUCCUUCUCGUUGGAACUUUUUUCCUUGGCCCAUGUUUGUCCGUAUGGAAUGCUUUCAUCAACAUGUACUUUGUCGGACCCCCAGUGAAAAGAGUGUUGAAAAUGGUGCUCGCUGAUCAACUGAUUUUCACUCCCCCAGUUCUUCUAGGGAUUCUAUCGCUUCUCGGCAUUCUACGCGGUCAAUCUACAACACAACUGAAAGAGUACGUUGUGGCGCAUUAUGGUGGGAUAUUGCUCACUAACUAUAUGGUUUGGCCAAUUGCGCAAUCUGUAAAUUUCUCCUUCGUCCCGUUACCAUACAGGGUCCUUUACAUCAAUUUCAUUGCAUUGUUCUGGAACAUUUACCUCGCGAAUGUCACACAAGGUCCCAAAGGAAUUCCAGAUCAACACAGCCUGCCCUCAAGUUGAACUCAAUGGUUUCACAGUUUGCCCUUACGGCUGUAUUAGUACUGGACGAAUAAAGCUACCCAAACUUUCCUUGGACGCACCGGAUGUCUUUGCCUAAAGGAUUAUAGCUUGCAAUGAAUUCGAACGUACUAAUCCGGCCAUUAUUAUUGUGUGCGGGUCCUUAGUGUUAUUUAUAUGUACUAAGCUUUCUAUGUUUACGUUGCUGUGUGGUGCAUCAUUCGCAUUACAACCAUUUUGCCUUGCAUCAGAAAGAACACUGACAAGACAGUACAAAUGCCUUUGGUUGCUUUUGGAGUUAAUUGGGCUGAGUGCAAUUUUCGUAUCACCACUAACAUCCAAUUCCCGUGAAAUGC